UGCUUACGAGUUAAGGAGUAAAUGUACAAUGCCGCUUUAUUCCUCGAGUCACUAAUAUGACUAAGGGUAGUUCUCUAGUGAUAAAUGCUUCAGGGAAAUUUUCUAACCCACUAUAACAUUCAUUUUCAAAUUAUUAUAGACCAUUUUUGUAGGUCAUUAAAAUGCCAAAAGGAGGAAUUAUUGGUUUACUCACGGCAUUGGGUCUUACGGCCCAAUUUGCCAACGGUCAGCUCGAACCAGACUGCAAUCCACUUCAUACAGACUGCCAACCGAAGAAAGCUUGGCCACAAGAUAAUUAUUAUAUCGAUUUUACGAAGCAAACAAGUCUCCCACCUGACUGGGCCGUUGCGAACCAUGAAGCUAUCAGUUUUACUUCGGAUGGAGCCGAGUUCUCGUAUGCGAAGCAAGGCGAUGCGCCGAACAUGUGGACUGACUUCUACGUGCUUGGCGGUCGUUAUGAUGUUGAGAUGAAGAUCGCUCCCGGUCAAGGUGUGAUCAGUAGCGCUGUGCUAUGGUCAGACGCUCAAGACGAGAUCGAUUACGAAUUUUCGGGAAAUCAGUUCGGCCAAACCCCUUUCCCGCCCAAGGACGGAAUGUGGGCGGUUGAGACCAACGUCUUCGCACAGGGGAAGAUGUGGGAUGGCGCGGCUACCUACCAGAAAGACGCAUAUAAGCCUACAGAGCAAUUCCACAAAUAUUCCGUGGAUUGGGAUGAAACUCAUAUGAGCUGGUACGUAGACGAUAAGGUUGUCCGUAGUAUCUCAGCCAAGGACACUCCCAACGGUUUCACUUUUCCCCAGUCUCCGAUGAAGCUUCAGCUUGGUGUAUGGGGAGGCGGGGAUGCUUCCAACAGCAAGUUGACUGUUGAAUGGGCUGGUGGUGAAAUCGACACGAAGAAUGCUCCUUAUACUAUGUAUGUAAGGAGUGUCAACAUUACCAACAAGUAUCCGGCUUGUCAAUAUAAGUAUCAGGAUAAGACUGGGAAGAUCGACUCUAUUCAGAAGAUCACGGAUGGUUGCCAACAUUCUAAUCCGAUGAAGGUCGUAAAGAAGGACCCGGGUGCUGAUGACUACCCUAUGAGUGCACCAAGUUCAGCUGCAAGCGAAGCCGAAUCAGCUACCGUCGCAAACCCACCCCCGUCUUCUGCUGCUGAUGCUUCCACAUACGAAGCCAGUUCGCCUUCCGAGAACAAGCCUUCUACUUCAUCCGGCGAAACCUUCGAAACAUACCCGGCCAACCCACCCCCUAGUAGCCAUGUUACCAGCUCUUCGGCUGACGAGUAUCCUACGUCGAAGGAUAGCCCGCCUGCUACAAGCCACUCAUCCACUUCCGAGGAAGGAUACCCUACGAGUAAACCCGAAGCUGCUUCCACUAGCCACUCGUCUACGUCCGAGGAAGCGUAUCCCACCAGUAAACCGGAAUCGGUCUCUGUCAGCCACUCAUCUUCAUCUGAGGAAGUCUAUCCCACAAGUGGCCCAGCAUCUGCGAGCGACCAUUCAUCUAGUUCCGCUCCCGAGGGCUAUCCCACGUCUCAUGCCGAGUCAUCGUCAUCGGCUACUGCGCAUUCAUCUUCACUCGCUGAGUCUCAUUCCACAUACCCAGCCGCGAGCGUACCAGCAGCUAGUGAGUCGAGCGCCUCGUCGGUUGAAUCGCAUUCGUCAGUUGCCAGUGGACCUGUCUCGUCGCCUUCGGCUUCUCAAUCGGAGAAGAGCUCUGCGACUUCCUCGGCAGAGGCUUCAGCGUCGGAGACUCCUAGCGGUUACCCCGUCAGCUCGCCCGAAAUCAGUACCCAUUCCGCUGCCUCAUCAAGUGGUAACGAAUAUCCAACAAGCUCGCCGGAAAGCAGUAGCCAUGCGGUUACCUCGUCUAGUGGUAGUGAAUACCCAGUCAGUUCCCCAACUAGCAGCCGUGGAAUUUUGAGCAGUUUGAGCUCUCUCCUGCUUGGUACCACCACCAGUAGUGCAUUGGCUGAGUCUAGCUCUGUGCCGGGCUCCACAGUUCAAGUGCUGAGGCCGUCAGCUCCAGCGUUUCUUCGGCUUCGCAAGGACCUGGCUCUAGCCAUCCGGCCUCAUCUGCUUUGGAGUCUAAGACAGAAUCUGGUUCCUCAAGCUUAG